AUGGCUGUGAAACGAGUUCUCCUGGCAGCGGCUCUGAGCAGCGCUGUUCUGGCAGCACCAGCUACUACCACCAUUGCAGCCAGCGCCACCACCGCAGGAUCCGCAGCCAGCACUACCGCCACGUACAGCGGCAAUCCCUUCAAUGGUGUCCAACAGUGGGCGAAUGCAUAUUAUGCGUCUGAGAUCUCGGCGAAUGCCCUGGCCACGCUGACUGGCGCCAUGGCCACGAAAGCUGCCGAGGUGGCCAAGGUGCCUACAUUCCAAUGGCUUGAUACUGCUGCGAAGGUGCCGACUGUCAUGGUCGAGACACUUGGCGAUAUUCGUGCCGCCAAUGCAGCCGGAGCCUCGCCUCCAUAUGCUGGUCUCUUCGUCGUGUACGACCUUCCGGACCGAGACUGCGCUGCCGCCGCCUCCAAUGGCGAGUAUAGCAUCGCAGACAACGGCGUGGCCAACUACAAGGCCUACAUCGACUCCAUCAAGACCCAGCUCACGACGUACAGCGACGUCAGGAGCAUCCUCGUCGUCGAGCCCGACUCCCUUGCCAACAUGGUCACCAACCUGAACGUGGCCAAGUGUGCGAAUGCCCAGUCUGCCUACUACGAGUGUGUCAACUACGCCAUCGAGACGCUGAACCUCCCCAAUGUCGCCAUGUACCUCGAUGCCGGCCAUGCGGGCUGGCUCGGCUGGUCGGCGAACCUGCAGCCUGCUGCAACUCUUUUCGCGCAAGUGUACAAGAACGCAAGCAGCCCUGCCGCCGUCCGAGGGUUGGCCACAAAUGUGGCAAACUACAACGCCUGGAAUCUGUCCAGUGCUCCAUCUUAUACUCAAGGUGACUCCAAUUAUGACGAGAGCCUGUACGUACAGGCUCUUGAGCCUCUUUUGUCUUCGGCCGGCUUCAAUGCCUACUUCAUCACGGACCAAAGCCGUUCUGGCAAGCAGCCGACAGGACAGUCCCAGUGGGGAGAUUGGUGCAAUGCCAUCGGCACUGGGUUCGGCACGCGCCCAACCACGAGCACUGGUCUUUCGGUUGAGGAUGCUUUCGUCUGGGUGAAGCCCGGCGGUGAGUGCGACGGGACGAGCAAUACAAGCUCUCCGCGGUACGAUUACCAUUGCGGGUAUUCGGAUGCCCUUCAGCCUGCUCCUGAGGCUGGGACAUGGUUCGAGGCUUACUUUGAGCAACUCCUGACCAAUGCCAACCCGGCCUUCUAG